UUUCAUUUUUAGAAAAAUCUGCACGUCUUCAGACCAAGAUAGCGACUGCCUAGUUUUUAAAUAGUGUAUUUUCUCAAUAGGUCGAAUUAUACAUUAAAUUGCCAAUUCAUGCCCAGCAACAAAAAUAAUCAAAUAAUUCUACCGAUAAUACAUACGUGGAGGUACAGAUAGUUCGUUAGUCAAGUGAUAACAUAAAUUAAAUAUGUUUAUACAGCUCUGAGUGGAAAAUAAGUCAUAUCUUUCCACAACUCCGUUACAACUGGACCGAUGAGUCGUUUACUUUGCCGUACAGUUUUUACUCUUCGUUUAAAGCUGCCGUUAUCCCGUAAGAUGUCUGCUUAUUUGAUCGACGAUCCCAAAUAUGCUUUCUUAAAAGAUUUGGGCUUGGAGAAGAAAAAUAUUGGUGUUUUUAAUGGAAAAUGGAAUGCUAAUGGCCAGGUAAUCCAAUCAAUCAGUCCGGCUAAUGGCAAAGUGAUAGCCGAAGUGCAAGGAGCGAGUGCAUCUGACUACGAGGCUUGUGCAGCGGCCGCGCAGGAUGCCUGGCACUCUUGGGCGGACCUGCCCGCGCCCUCCAGAGGGGAGAUAGUGAGGCAAAUUGGAGAUGCACUGAGGGAAAAACUACAGCCAUUGGGACAGUUGGUCUCCUUGGAAAUGGGAAAAAUUCUUCCCGAAGCUGUUGGAGAAGUUGUGGAGUAUAUCCACGUGUGUGAUUUGGCUUUGGGCCUUUCCCGGUCUCUGCCGGGGACCGUGUUCCCUUCAGAACGGCCGGGGCACAUGCUUAUAGAGAAAUGGAAUCCACUCGGCGCCAUUGGAAUCAUAACAGCGUUCAAUUUCCCAGUAGCCGUGUUUGGAUGGAACAGUGCUAUUGCUAUGGUUUGUGGAGAUACCAGCGUAUGGAAACCAUCUGAUACUACGCCCUUGGUCGCAGUAGCGGUCACCAAGAUAGUGGAGAGUGUACUGAAAAAGAAUGACAUCCCUGGCGCCGUUGCCGCGCUUUGCGUGGGCGGGAAAGACAUCGGCCAACAGUUGGUACAAGACCCGAGAAUGAAACUGGUUUCUUUCACUGGCAGUACUGCCGUUGGUCAACAAGUGGGCGUGGAAGUACAGAAGCGGUUCGGACGCCACCUGUUAGAACUGGGCGGCAACAACGCAAUCGUGGUGAACGAGGACGCCAACGUUGACCUAUUGGUCUCGGCGGCGCUGUUCGCAUGCGCCGGCACCGCGGGGCAGAGGUGCACCACCACGCGUAGAAUAUUUAUACAUAAGAAGCUGUAUAAAGAAGUGGUUUCAAGAUUGGCGAAAUCUUUCGCUGGAGUUGUGAGCAAAAUCGGAGAUCCCUUGGAGGCGAAUUCAUUGAUAGGGCCGCUACACACGGCAGCUGCUGUGGAGGCAUACAAGAAGACCGUCGCAGAAGCCGUCGAACAGGGAGGCAAGAUAGAAUUCGGUGGCAAGGUUAUCGAACGUGAGGGAUACUUUGUGGAGCCAACGAUAGUCACAGGUCUGGCCCACGACUCACCGCUGGUGAAGAGUGAGUGCUUCGCGCCCAUCGUCUACUGCAUCGAGAUCCCCGACCUCGACACCGGCAUCAAGUACAACAACGAAGUCGACCAGGGCCUUUCCUCCAGCUUGUUUACUGAGAAUUUGGGCAACGUAUUUAAGUGGAUCGGUCCGCACGGGUCUGACUGCGGCAUUGUGAACGUGAAUAUACCGACUAACGGCGCGGAGGUGGGCGGUGCCUUUGGCGGCGAGAAGGCGACAGGCGGUGGGCGCGAGUGCGGCUCCGACGCGUGGAAGACCUACAUGCGCCGCUCCACCGUCACCAUCAACUGCUCCGGCGCCAUCAAACUCGCACAAAACAUUCAGUUCGGCGACGAAUAAUAUUUUCACAUUCAUAAAUCUCUACCCGUCCCAUUGUUCAUUAGAACACAAUAAAAAGUUAAUUUUAUUUAAAUUCAAAAGUAUGCAAAUUGUGAUUUCUUACAAAAACAGCUCAACUAAUGUAUCCAUAGUUACGUAGUUAGUCCGGUGUCCGCAUUGACUCGUUUCAGACUCGUCGGGGGUCAUCAAGGUUAAUGUAUACGGGCUUGAUACGCGGUUGCGCUACGUGGCUUAGCAAAGUAUUUGUAUACUUAGCCGUGGACGCGCAAAACGCAUCUCGACUGGGCUGGGGACGCGGGAUUCGUCGCCGAGGAUCCAGUACGGUGGACGCUGGCUAAGCGGGUAGCGUUCGUAGUCUGUACCCCGCACUGACGUCGACAACCUUGAUACCGAUGCCAUUAAAAUUUACAUAAAUGUGUAUUCGUUUACAGCUGCUAAUUACGAAGACUGAUUGUAACGUUAUAAAUUAAAUUUUUUUACCUACCUAAGUUUAAUCACUGUUUUAUUUUUA